AUGGUUGACCCGAAGAAGAUCUUCGCUGAGUUUGACAGUGAUAAGAGGGGGUAUUUGAACAGAAAAGAGGUUCCAGAUGCAAUCAGAUGCUGCGGACUGAAUCCAUCCGAGGAAGACAUUAUGAAAGCUUUUCGGACAACAAAUUGCACGACGACAAAAGUUCAAGAAAACCAGUUUCACUCUCUUGUCAAGGAACUUCGCAAAACUAGUCUUCCCGACGAAACUCGAUUACGGGCUGCAUUCAAAUCACUUGAAGAUGGUUCCGACUCUGGAUUGAUCCCAGCAGCGGAUCUUUCUCACAUGUUGAAAUCGAAAGGGGAGAAAGUCUCCCAAAAAGUGAUCGACGAUCUGCUCAGCCUCAUUGACGUUGGUGUCACUACUGAUAUCGAUUACGAAGAGCUCAUCGCUCUCCUCACAGCUGACCUCGAAAAAGCCGCUGGAUUCUGA